AUGGAGAAGAGAAACAUACUAAAAGAUGAAACCUUUUUCCAACACCCUUUUAUUCUUGCUCUUGUUCUGGUUUUGGGUUUUGUCAUGAUGGACCCUUUUCAUUUGGGUCCAGUGGCAGACCAUGAAUUCAGACCCGUGAAGCAUGACAUUGCACCUUAUCAUCAAGUCAUAAAGAGUUGGCCUAGGGACAACAUUAGCAAACUAGGACUUUAUGGUAAAUCAGAAUUCAAGAAUCAAGUGUUCGGACCAGAGUCAUUGGAAUUUGAUAACAUGGGUCGUGGCCCUUACACUGGUUUAGCCGAUGGUCGCAUUGUUAGAUGGAUGGGGGAGGAACUUGGUUGGGAAACAUUUGCAUUUGUCACAUCCAAUUGGACGGAGAAGCUUUGCUUGAGGGGCAAUGAUUCUACCACUGCCAAGCAAUGGAAGCAUGAGAAAACAUGUGGGCGUCCACUUGGCCUGAGAUUUGACAAAGAGAAUGGAGAUUUAUACAUAGCAGAUGCAUACUAUGGCCUUCUUGUGGUUGGACCAAAUGGAGGACUUGCUACAUCAUUGGCAACCCAUGUUGAAGGAAGGCCCAUUCUCUUCGCAAAUGACCUUGACAUUUAUAAGAAUGGAUCCAUCUUCUUCACAGACACCAGCAAACGAUACAACAGAGUUGCGCACUUUUUUAUAUUAUUGGAAGGUGAAGCUACUGGUAGGCUCCUAAGAUAUGAUCCUCCAACUAAAACAACCCAUGUUGUCUUGGAUGGCCUUGCUUUUCCUAACGGAGUGCAAUUUUCUAAAGACCAAUCCUUCCUCCUCUUCACUGAAACCACCAAUUGCAGGCUAAGGAAGCUUUGGGUAGAAGGUCCAAGUAGUGGAAGUGUGGAACUUGUAGCUGACCUUCCAGGGUUUCCUGACAACGUAAGAAUAAAUGAAAAAGGCCAAUUUUGGGUAGCAAUAGAUUGUUGUCGCACUGCGGCACAAGAGGUUCUUAGUCAUAAUCCAUGGUUGAGGAAUAUUUACUUCCGUUUACCCAUUAGGAUGAGCUUGUUGGCUAGAGUUAUGGGGAUGAGAAUGUACACUGUGAUUUCACUUCUUGACGACGAGGGACACAUUUUGGAAGUUCUUGAAGAUCGACAAGGCCAGGUCAUGAAGCUCGUCAGCGAAGUCAAAGAGGUAAAAGGAAAGCUUUGGAUUGGAACUGUAGCUCAUAAUCACAUUGCCACCUUAACUUACCCUUAA